GGCAGGCAUGCCCCGGACACUGAAUGCCCCCGAUAUGGUCACCCCAGGCAGCCUUGGACAGCCCCCCACCGAGCCCACCCAUGGCGAGCAGGCCGAGCAGCCCCUCUUGGAUGGAGCUCCAUCCUCUGCCUCUUUGGACACCCUGAUCCAGCACCUGGUGCCCACAGCCGACUACUACCCCGAGAAAGCCUACAUAUUCACCUUCCUGCUGAGUUCCCGCCUCUUCAUCGAGCCCCGGGAGCUCCUGGCCCGUGUCUGCCACCUGUGCAUCGAGCAGCAGCAGCUGGACAAGCCUGUGCUGGACAAGGCCCGGGUCCGGAAGUUUGCCCCCAAACUGCUCCAGUUGUUGGCUGAGUGGACAGAGACCUUCCCUCGGGACUUCCAGGAGGAGGCGGCCAUCGGGCACAUGAAGGACGUGGUGGGUCGCAUCGCUCCCUGUGAUGAGGCCUCCCGGAAGAGGCUACACCAGCUCCUGCAGGCCCUGCACCAGAAGCUGGCAGCUCUGCACCAGAACCCGGAAGGCCUGGUGGGCGCCGACAAGCCCAUCUCCUACCGCACCAAACCGCCGGCCUCCAUCCACCGGGAGCUCCUGGGCCUCUGCAGUGACCCCUACGUGCUGGCCCAGCAGCUGACCCACGUGGAGCUGGAGCGGCUGCGACACAUCGGGCCUGAGGAAUUUGUCCAGGCUUUUGUGAACAAGGACCCUCUAGCGAGCACACAGCCCUGCUUCAGCGACAAGACGAACCACCUGGAGGCCUACGUGAAAUGGUUCAACCGGCUGUGCUACCUCGUGGCAACUGAGAUCUGCAUGCCAGCCAAGAAGAAGCAGAGGGCCCAGGUGAUCGAGUUCUUCAUCGACGUGGCCCGAGAGUGCUUCAACAUCGGCAACUUCAACUCCCUGAUGGCCAUUAUCUCUGGCAUGAACAUGAGCCCCGUGUCCAGGCUGAAGAAGACCUGGGCCAAAGUGAAGACGGCCAAGUUUUUCAUCCUGGAGCACCAGAUGGACCCAACAGGGAAUUUCUGUAACUACAGGACAGCCCUACGCGGGGCCGCCCACCGCUCCCUGACGGCCCACAGCAGCCGGGAGAAGAUUGUCAUUCCCUUCUUCAGCCUGCUCAUCAAAGACAUCUACUUCCUGAAUGAAGGCUGUGCCAACCGCCUCCCCAAUGGACACGUCAACUUUGAGAAAUUUCUGGAGCUGGCCAAACAAGUUGGAGAGUUCAUCACAUGGAAACAAGUAGAGUGUCCCUUUGAACAAGACCCCAGCAUCACCCACUACCUGCACACGGCCCCCAUCUUCAGCGAGGAUGGUCUUUACCUGGCUUCUUAUGAAAGCGAGAGUCCAGAGAACCAAACCGAGAAAGAGAGGUGGAAGUCUCUACGAUCCUCUAUUUUGGGGAAGACAUGAGAAGCAAGCACCAAGCCGACUGAGGAGGAAGAGAUGGAGACAGCAGAAGUCUUCUGCAGCCCUGCCUCGAUGGCCCAGGGGGCCGAGGUGUCAGCAGUGCCUCCCAACUGUGCAAACCAUGACCCCGUGGCCCCAUGGCCCACCCAGUGGCCAUGCGAGGCCCAGGAGACCUUUUGUAACCUCAACCCUGGCAAGACUCUGCGCCCACAACUCCAGACAUACAGGGUGGCAUGUGCCCAGAGGUUGCAUUGCUGGUCAGUGUGUCCAUCCUUGGCAAGGAUGCCGUACUGUCCCCCAGAGGAUUAGACAGCUGCAGCCAUGCGAUCUCCUUGAGUGACGUGUGCCACGGAGGCUGACACCCCCACAGCUUGUCUCCUGGCAGCUUGGGAAUCUCCCAUUGCCAGAAGGCACCGCGGGGAGACACAAGAGCUGCUCAAGCUCCCGGUGGUCCCCGGCAGUAAGGCUGUGUCUUGUGUACCCUUCCCUCUGGUCCUGCUGGUUUCAGGGGAUGAAUUUCUAAUGGCCAGUGGCAAGCAGGUCAGCAGGACACAUUUGCAAACUGGAAUGGACAAUGUGUACAUUGCAAUUCUGCCACCCAGCUCCCUUGUACAUUUGUACAUCCUUAUAUACCACGUCCACACUGUGUCUCUGAGCCUGGGGGGAGCUUGUGCGGGGAUGCAGGGUCAUUUCCCAGCACCGGUCUGGGGAUGUCAUAACCGUGGUCCAGGAUGAGGUAUAGUGGCUGUCUGAGCCCCAGAGACCCUGUGUUGUGCUGGCAGUGCCUGUCUCGUAGUAGGUGCUCAAUAAAACUUCAGUGGACAAA